CUGUAAUGAGCAGAUUUUCUAGGAGAGAGAGACAUACACAGAGGGAGAGAGUGCACUCCAGAGAUCCAGCCAUAGGAUAAGAAGAAACUGUGGGAGCAAGACAGGCGAGGCAAGGAGGUUUUGCGUCAGCUGCUUCUCCACAGGGAAGCUUGAUGAGCAGGAGAUGCUGAAGAGGCCAGGAGCAAAACAGGAUCGUAUAGAUGGAUGUUAUCUCAUCAAGCAGGCACACUGAAGGCAACCCACGCACAGGAUAAACCACUUAUGGACGCAGUGGAUUAAAGACCUGCGCACAGACUAAGAGAGAGGGACAGGAGGAACACAGGAGAAGAUAUUCAUCUAUUUACUAAUUUAUCUUCAUUGUGUGCGGACGCAUUUGCUGUCAGUGUGUGAGUGUGUGCGUGUGUGUGUGUGUGUGUGUGUUUUAGAACGGCGGGAGACUGCAUUGCUGCUUUAUGAAACCACACGGCAGACCAAAAGCAGCCCAGCACAUUUAUUUUAUUUAUGUUUGUCCCUCGUUUUUCUGUCCCGUCUUUGCAAGUGUGUGUGUGCUCGCUGUGUGUGUGAUGCCAGAAGUAAGCGACCCACAGACCGACUGCUCUGAUUUAUAGAUAGUGUUGAAAAAGUACAAUUGAAGACAAACAUCAGUUUUUUGGGUUGAUGUCCAGUCGGGGCCUCGGUCCUGAUGGUGAAAGCCUGAGCUUGCCAUUUGGAGAGUGUUCUCCACACUAGAGGAGGAGGAGGAGUAGGAGGAGGCAUCGUCACAUCACAGGAGGCUGACAGCAGGACAUGAGUGUUGUGGACUGUGUCGACAGGCCCAUGGCGGACUGCUGUAUCUUCCAGCAACUUUCAUCCCUUGCUGAGAGAGAAUAAUGGCAGUGCUGGGACCACCUUCCUCCUCUCUCACCUGCACCUGAUGCAGAGGAGCCAGCAAGUUGCAAGGGGGUGCUGUCAAGGGCGCACCAGGAGGAUGGUGUGAACCAUCGUCCAGCAGACGCGUGACUCCGAUGUGCGGGGCUGCCUUGUUUCUUCUUCAACAGCUUGCAAAGCUGACAGCAUCACAGCACAGAGGCUGGUGUUGAACCGAGUGGGAGUUCUCUCCCUCCCACUCACGCCCCCCUCUUCUUCUCCUCACUCGACCUCCACCUCGAACCUCAGCUCCAUGGAUUGAUCCUAGCACCAACCUGUCCUCCUUUCUUCUCCCUGUCUUUUCUUUUCUUUUUUUUUUCUUUUUCUUUUUGUCGAGGCUUCAGGGGAAUUGCCAAGAUCUGUUUCAUGCAUGUCCACUGGAGGCAGAUUCAACUUUGACGAUGGGGGGUCAUACUGCGGCGGGUGGGAGGAUGGCAAGGCGCACGGCCACGGGAUAUGCACGGGACCCAAGGGCCAGGGGGAGUACUGUGGGUCUUGGGCCCACGGCUUUGAGCUGUUGGGCGUCUACACUUGGCCCAGCGGGAACACUUACCAGGGUACCUGGGGGCAGGGCAAGAGGCACGGCGUGGGCGUCGAGAACAAGGGGAGAUGGGUCUACAAAGGGGAGUGGACGCAUGGCUUUAAGGGACGCUACGGCGUACGGGAGAGUACCGGGAUGAGCGGAAAGUACGAAGGGACUUGGAACAAUGGGCUGCAAGACGGAUACGGCACUGAGACGUACUCUGAUGGAGGCACAUUUCAGGGCCAGUGGGUUGGUGGGAUGCGGCACGGCUACGGUGUUCGCCAAAGUGUCCCGUACGGCAUGGCGGCCGUCAUUCGCUCCCCUCUCCGUACCUCCAUCAACUCCCUCCGCUCCAGUUCGGAACACAGCAACGGUACAGCUCUCCUUGACCGGACCAGCGCGGUUGUUCCCGUUCCUCCCCCCGUUCCUGGCACUCUGUCCACCAGCCUGUCCAUGUGCAGCACUGGAAGCAGUGGCAGCAGUCCUGCGGUGUCUCGAGGAGGCUUCGUACUGACGGCACACAGUGAAGCUGAGCUUCUAAAGGGAAAGAGGAAGAGUGGGCUGUUCAGGAGGUCUAUUCUGUCUGGGCUUAAGCUGAGGAAAUCUGAGUCCAGGAGCUCUCUGGCCUCCCAGAGGUCGAAACAGAGCUCAUUUCGGAGCGAGGCAGGGAUGAGUACUGUAUCUUCAGCUGCAUCUGACAUCAACUCUACUAUCAGCCUUGGAGAUGCAGAUGCAGAGUUGGCAGUGGCUGAUGAUGACGUGGACGCCACAGCUACAGAGACCUACUGUGGGGAGUGGAAGAACGACAAGAGGACAGGAUUCGGAGUGAGCCGGAGGUCUGAUGGGCUGCAGUAUGAGGGGGAGUGGCUCAGCAACAAACGCCACGGCUAUGGCUGCACCGCUUUCCCUGAUGGUACUAAAGAGGAGGGGAAGUACAAGCAGAACAUCCUUGUGAGUGGCAAGAGGAAGAACCUGAUCCCGCUCCGAGCCAGCAAGAUCAGAGAAAAGGUGGACCGAGCUGUGGAAGGAGCACAAAAGACAGCAGAUGUCGCCCGGCAAAAAGCUGAAAUUGCUCUGUCCAGGACGGCUCAUGCUCAGGGUAAAGCAGAAGCAGCAGUGGGAGCCGCUCAGAAAGCUCAAGAGGAGAGUCGCAUGGCCAGACUCACCGCCAAGCAGUUCUCGCCUUCAUUCCAGCACCCAGGAAAUGGCAUGGAGGUGCAACGUCCAAAAUGUCAAGUGUCCAGCGAGGUGGAGGGUGAGGGCUUGUCGAGUAGCGCUGGAACCGCAGACAGCCCCGAUCUCUAUGUGAAAAGCACGGGCUCAGAUGACCCCUCCAAUGCCACUCCAGAUCUAAGUCCUCCUUCUUCCUCACCUCCACACACCCCUCCUCCCCCAAUCAGACCAUCCCAGCGCAGCAAAAGUGCUCGCUUCCACAGGCAGAGUGCGGUUGACCACGGAGACAGGGGAAAAGAGGGAGGAGAAAGGGGGGAGAAGGCUGGAGCUGGAGGGCAGACAGAAAUCCAGGUGUUGAUUGAGAGAGGUAGUAGAGAGGGUGAAGGUGGAGGAAAGGUGGAAUACAUGAGGGCAAAAAGCUGGAGUGAGGAAAAGCGGAAAGGGAUGUUGCACAAAGCAGGAGGAGUGGUCAGCGGACAAGGAAUUAGCAGGACCAAUGGACACAAACACAGCUCCUCCAAUCACAAGUCUCGGGGCCAUGGCUCAUCUAAUCAUAGACAAGCCAGAGGAGACAGAUGGACAGAGACAUCCUCUUCUGUUUCUUGGACGUCUGGGCAGAGGGGGGCGCACGGCAGGGGAGGACGGCUCCUCGAGCAGGAUGAAGAAAAAAUUAGCAACUAUGAAAUGGAGAUGAAGCCUUUACAGCCCAGAGACUCCACUAGCAAGCCCCAUGGGCAUGGGGAGGAAAAGCACGGGCACAAUCAUUCUCAUGGAGAGGGGUGCUCACACACCUUGCCACGACAGAGACAUAAGAACCGAGAAGGAAGAGACGGGAAAGAAGGCAGGGAGGGGAAAGACCACCUGGAGAGUGUACGACUGGGGGAGAAGAUGGAUUCUCGGCCUAUACGACGGGACCUAACCCUCUCCCCUCCUCUGAAGUCCUCCCCCAUCGCACCAGAGCAGCAGGAUUACAGACUCACACAGCGCAAAGGCCACUCAGCCUACAGCGCGAUCCUGGUUGCCAUGGUGAUUCUGCUCAACAUUGGAGUGGCUAUUUUGUUUAUCCACUUUUUUAUUUAAGAACAGCUUUGCUUUUGGAAUGAGCCUAUACAUGCUAUGACUAUACUGUAAAUCCCAAUGUCGUCACAAAGGACCUGCUGCCCCUUUGUGUUCCUGGCAAAAUGACAGCACCCGCCUGAAGCGGACAUUGAGGGCUAUAAGGCAUUUUGGCCCCCCCAAAGUUCGGCUAAAGUUAUGUAGUUUGCAAGUGUGGUUCACAUGUGAGCUAACCAAUCUUGGCCCAGCUACCAUGGAAGCUGCACUGCUGUGCAUAGCCCAAUGAAAUGGAUGUAAGAAGGGUACGCCAGCCUAGGUGACUGGGCUGCAGGGACAUAAUACAGUCCAGAACUUGGACUAAAGUGAGCUUCACUAGUUCACAUAUUAACUGGAACUGGUCUGAUUCCCAGGCCAUUGCAUUAUGACAAGUAAUGCCUGCUUCCACUGUCUGGAGACAAAAUAUAUACUUUUUUUUCAUCUUCAAAUCAUAGUUUUCAACAGAUUUAUAACUAAUUUAUUUCUGAACAUUUUCUCUCAUGUACUGUAUAAGCUGAUGGAUAUAUUAAUUUUGAAAACCCCACAUUCAUCUCGAUAUGACCCUGGCUUUUUGGUUCUUCCCCUUGCCCAGAUGUUCUUCUUCUGAUGAUGUGUUUCUUUCAUCUGUGUCAAGAGAGACACGUGCAGGAGCUGGUAAUACCCUCUUGGUGGCUGCCUGUCCAUGUAACCUGGGCAUACACACACUCAUUACACACUUUGCUUGUUUCCCAUCCCACUCAUCAUUCUGCAUCACUUGUGUGUGAGUAAAGUGCAUGACUUUGUGGUGUGCCUCCGCAAAGCCAUUGCAUGUUUGCAGUGAACACAGAGAGAGCAUCUCAUGAGGACGCGCUCACUAUUCAUCCACACCCAGCCUACCACCAUCCUCUGGCAGCGAUGCUCUCCCCGUCUCUCCCUCCUACUCUUUCCCACCUCCACACACCCGUCGGUGAGCUGUGCUUCCUCUGAGUUGGUGGUAGUUUAGGACAAAUCAUCCUUGGCAAAGCCCAACACCUGCUGCCUGCUGUGCAACUGGCAGAGGCUUUUAGAGACAAAUACUGCAUGAAUUCAAGUUUAUGCAGAAUUGUUGGUGUGACUUAGAAUAUACUGUACAAAUCGUACUCUGAUUUGUAUUUUCCAACUGCUUAUCUGAGAAUUGAACCAGUGGUGUCAGCUUAUGUCAGGGUAUAUCAGAAAGAUGUCUGAUAACGUGCAUGCCAACACCUGCCUUGGUUUGUAGUAGGGAUGGCCAUAACAAUUGGUUAAUCGGGUAAUUUAUCAAUUGAUUAUCUGUUAAUCGUGUCUGUUGUAUGGAAUAGAUUGUUGAAUUGGUUAAUCGGGUAAUUUAUCAAUUGAUUAUCUGUUAAUCGUGUCUGUUGUAUGGAAUAGAUUGUUGAUUAAUGGUGUCUUACAGCGUAAACUACUUGGCUGUAACCAGCAAAGGUGCUGUUGAUUCAUUCUCAACUUGUUGGUAGUCUAAAGAUAAAAUCAUUGGCUACUACAGUGAUUCCACAUUUAGUGUGUUGUGAGAGAUCAUCAGUUGGUCCAAAACUUAGUUACUACAAAUAGUGUAUCUUUGUCUUCUAUCUAUGCCAGCGACAUUUUGUGACAGGCAGAAUAAUUAAAUGCUCUUCCACUAGAUGGCAGAAGGUACAUGAAGAGAGUGACAGACGCAAUAACGUUGUCAUUUUGUAUGUAUCAGGUCUAUCUGACAAACUCAGAAGAAUUUUUAACCAACACACCAUUCCGGUACGCUUCAAACCUGGUAACACUUUGAGACAAAGGCUGGUUCACCACAAAGACUGGACACCCCAUACCAAGAACAACAAUCUGGUGUAUACCGUCUAGUGUAGUGAGGAAUGCACCAAUUUCUAUAUUGGGGAUGCCAAGCAGCCACUGAGCAGGUGCAUGUCACAACACAGACAAGCUAACUCUUCAGGUCAAGACUCAGCUGUCUAACAGCACCUUCAAGAGAAACAACACUCUUUGGAGGACAAAAUUGCACAUAUUCUGCAACACAGAUGGUUUGAAAGAGGAGUGAGGAACGCCAUCUAUGUUAAGUUUGAGAAAACAUCUCUGAACAGAGAGGGAGGGCUGCGACACCACAUGUCUCCCACAUACAAUACUGUCCUUUCAUCCCCCCAUAAGAGAUUCAAUCAUUUAGCCACUAACAAACAUAACGCAAGUCUUUCCAGGUGCAUCCAUGUCCAUUGUUACAACUGAAUGGAAUACUAACGAGGAUGAAUCCACCCAAAUGACUAGCGUUGGCUGGCAAAGGCAUUACCACACAGUAUAGUAACGACUGUCGUUUUGCAUGCAAAAGAGGUAAGCCGUUCUUCUCUCUACAUUAGAGAAUAAAUAGUCCAGUCUAGAGUCUAGAACAGUCCAGUUGCGGUCAAUUUAAUGCCCUGACAAUGCAAUCACCUGGAUGAAUGACAAUAUUUACAGGCAGCAUUAUUUUUCUCAGUACGACACCUGUAUCAUAAUAUGAGUUUUGUUUAAAGGGGACCAAUUAUACUAAUUUGGGGCCUUUGUAUUAGACUCCUAUAGAGCAGCUACACAUGAUAACCCGCACAGAAAGCUUUCUAGAUCUUCCAGGCUCUGCACCUCUUCCUGCAGUGUGUCCUGCCUCUCGCCCAAAUAGUCUGUGUAAUUUACUCCACCAACAGCCCUCCUCCCAGGUACGCCUCCCGCCGAGCCCACUCCUCUGUGAUUGGUCACACUCCCAAGCGCUCCCGAGGAUUCCGGACGAUUGCCGAACCCCUAACACAAAAUAAACACAGUUAGGACACUGAUAAAUUGUUACCUACAGCUUGUUCUCCUGACUUCAGCAACAGUUUGGCGGAUAGUCCAGCUUCGGAUUGCCCCAUGUUCACAAAAAAGUCCCGUGUGAAAUGCCAUUGACAGAUGAGCAUAUUUUUCUCUUGCUGGCUGGGAAUCAACAAGCACUCCAACCAAUUCUGCUUCAUGCUUGCCUCUUUAGGCACACCCGAACAAACAUUUCCUAGGGGCCAUACGGGCUAAUGGUGAACAGAGCAGAACGAAGCAGAGCAGGGAGAGGGCAGGCCUGCAGCGUUUGCCUGGGCAUGCCCAUAUGAGGAAGUCCAGGUUGCACUGACGUCAAUGGAACUCUGUGUUAAAAAAAACUGUAAAAACAGCGUGCAGAGCCGUCCAAAAUUGCUUUCAGGUCUCACUUGCAAAUGCGCAAACCUCAUUAUCUUACGCGUUGGCAUCGUUUAACACGAGAAUACAACAUUGUAACAACAUUUAUAGGUCAGAAAAGAGGAAAAAAAAUAAUAGGUUCCCUUUAAGUAUUUUUUCUUCAUGAAUAAAUUGAAUAAAAUUAAGCCCAAACUGAUUGAAGUCCAAAACAUGCAAGUGAGGUAACACCAAUGCUUGGGUUUGUCGGGCAAAGUUUACUACAAAACACAAGGCACUUUGCAAGCUAUUUUUGUAGGCUCUCUAUUUUGAAGUCUGACCAGAGUUUUAUAACAUUACAAGCAGGCUGCAAUGAACUACAAUACAGUGCAAUUAUCUUAGGCCACCAUUAGAUUUGUUAGUGUCAUUAUAUUGACCAUAUACCAUAAAUUACUGAAAGCUGAAAAACAGAUGAGCAGUACCAUUAUGACUCUUGUGGGGUAGACAAUCCCACUGAUGCAACAAAUGAAAAUAAAUAUCCUCACAUGUAUCUUUAUUAAGAUCCUCACUAAAAUGUCUUCCUUUGUCCAUGCAUGACCACUACAAAUGUUUAUGUUUGACUGCUGUGAAAACUAAUUGUGGCCUAAGUCUUUUGGACUGUACUGUAGUGUGGCACAUUGUGUCUGUCUGGUUUGUAGUACAAAAUAAUUGGCCAGGUUAGAAGUCACGUUUCAUGAAUGCUUACAGUAUAUUCAUAAGCCUCAUUGACUGACACAGCUGACACAGGUCUAUGGCUCCAUAUACUGGAUUUCCCAUUGUGUGUCUCUAAAACCCAUCUGGCAUAGCAACCUCUGCAUUUCUUUGCAUGUUCCUACAUGGAAGUUCAUUGCAUUGUGUAAACAUGUGUGUGUAUCCUCUUUCCAUGUGAUAGGAUGUAUGUGCCUGCAGCUAUUAGCAGCAAAUUGCGGAGACAACAGCUAGCUGCUGCUGUUUUUCUGUCCAACUGCAUUUUUCAAACUUAGCUGUGGUCUAUAUUCUGGCAUAUCCCCCAUCCUUCAUUUGUUGAUCCCAGGAGGCAGAACAUCAUCAUUUUCUUUCAUUUGGCUCCCAAACUGAAAAAGGUGCGAGAAGUUCUUGCUGUUUGUCGUCAGCUUGGUGACGAUGCACCCUUUACACUGCAGCAUGCUACAGCAUGCCAAGCUCUCUUUAUAGUUUGAGCCCCUUUCUAUCCUUCCCCUUUUUUCUUUAUUUCUUGGAAUUACUCUAUUUUGUUUUUGUUUCAUGUGGAGAAAUUAAAUAAAUUAAAGUG